CACGAAAGAACGGCCUCAAUGAGCACGGAUAAUUCGCAACGGUUACUUCCAGGCGCAGAUCUCGUUCGACAUCCGUCAACUGCCCAACGAGACAGGACUUCUUCCAGAGCAGAGGCGUCUUCCCAUCUACCAAACCACCAUGGCCCACCGUUUUCUCAACGCUGUGAAGACGAAUUGGAGAUUUUCUCGCACCCUGAAACCGAACACGAACUUGAAGCAUUGGACGGACAAAAUGAAAAGAGUGAACAAAAUUAUAGGCAGCAUGAAGCCAGAGGAAAUGCAGAGGAAGAUCAUGGACAUGUUGACUGAGGAUGAUAUUAAAGUUUUAUCCCCACUUCCCGAUGAGAACGAUCCUGGUAUAUUCGAAAACGAGCCUCAUCCGAAUGACGACGUCAGGACCCACGUACAGGUCGGCGAGUCGCAAUGUCUAGUGACAAACUAUCUGAAGCGACGACUCGAGCACAUCCCCGGUUUUCCUCGACCUGUGAAAGAUACGGGAGACAAGGCCUAUCGUAUUUCCCCCACGCUGCAUAGCGGGAUGGGCAUGUUCGCGGCGCGUCGAUUCAAGAUGGGGGACCUCAUCGCUGACGAAAGACCUUUGAUGGUCAUCCCCAUUGGUCCACCGGCCGAUUUCGGUUUCUUAAUGGCACAAACGACGGGGGAGGACAGAAUGAAGUACUCACAGGCGCUUGUGGGUUCUGUUUUCGAGCGCAUGUCUGAAGAGAACCAGGAGGCAUUUAUGGGUCUUCAUAAUAGCCAUCCGCAUGAUGGUCUACUCUUUGGCGUGGCUAGGACGAAUGGGUAUGGCCUCGAUGACGACUUGAUGGACGAGACUAAAAAUGUCAAAUUUCUAUCACUGUUGGUCUCGCACAAUAAAGAUAUGCAAUCGAGGAUUGGCAGGUACGCGGGCGUCUUCAAGGAUCUCUCGAGGCUGAACCACAGCUGUUCCCCCAAUAUCCACCGCAAGUUCCAUAUGGCCACGUUCUCUAUGCAGAUUCGCGCAGCUCGGGACAUUGAGGAGGGCGAAGAGAUUUUCACCACUUAUACCGAGACUCUUCAGCCAGCUGCCGACCGCGCAAGAAGCCUCGCGCCUUAUAGCAUUGAAUGUGGCUGCCGUGCUUGUCUCGACCCCGCCAAGAGUGACCCUAUACGCGCUGCUGUACGCAAUCGCUCAACGUCACCAUCACUUCCUCCAUCGAAAGCGAAGAUCGAUGCUGCAGUGCAGACUCUGGCGAGGAUAGAGCAGGAAGGGCUCCAGGCCUCCGCUGCGUAUCGCGAGACACUAGGCCGACUGUUCAUCUCAUACGUAUGUGUGCACGACGAGAAGAAGGCGCUGAUGUAUGGGGAGAAGCUGUGGCUGGCCACAAUGGCCGCUGGGGAACCGCUCUGCGAGAUGUUCAGGAAUGUAGAGGUGAUGAAAAGUCGCCGCAGUGGAUGGCGACGAAAUGGUUUGUGCCGCCGAGGCGCCUUGUUUGAAAGUCUCUCGAUCGAGUGCUGGAAUUCUUUGUAAACGUGGUAUAGAUAUGCAAACGUCGCUUUUCUUCAUCCCUCGGGCCUCGGGCUUUACAAUUUCAUCAUUGGACGGCUCGAGGUGUGCAUACCAGCUGGUCAGUGGCCGGUUCACGUCGAAGACAAAGUCUGGAUCGGUGACGGGGUACUCAAUGCUCUCGUUUUUUCC